AUGGAGCCCGCAUCUUCAAAAAAGUGUUAUUGUACGGUCACUUACUCUAAUGGACACCUGAACUCUGCCGAAGAAAAUUCGUGGGGCAAAAUGCACUGGCUGGGUCGCUGGCCCACAAGCAGCAUCCAUCCAUUUCACCGCGACAGCAGCUUGUCAUGCACCUGCAAAAAUCUGUAUGAUAAUAAUGUUAACCGGACAAAUCAAGCGCUUCUGACUCCUUCACCCAUUCGUCCUAAGAAGUGUGUUGCGUCGUCGCAUAUUUGCCUACUGCCAUCCCCGUCGUUGUCAUUUAACUUAAAACUCGAUGUCAUGGAGAACGAAACCGUCACGAACCAUUCUUCCACAUGUGGGAAGGUGGUUGCAAGCGUGGCAGCAGCAUCGCGAGGUCUCGUACCCACCGAAUUGCCGAACUUGCCGUCUGCCUCUCAGCGGAUCGCCGUAUCAAAACGAAUUGCUCUAGUCGAUGAAGAUGACCUGGAGAUUGCGCGGCGCACUACCGGUGCGCAGGGGGAGGACUGGAUCGUGGACAAUCAAAAUAUGCAGGAAUUUUUUGGUGGAAGUUGGGACCUCUGGAGGGGCAGCGGGGGCGGCAAUCAGUUCUCUUUAAACGAACAAGGCCGAUGCCGCGGCAAGGAGUCCGUAAUUGAUUUUGACGUGGCAAUGACGUUCCAGCGCAGUGGGGCUCGUAGAUGCCGACGUACGGGUCCCGGCUUCGAUGCCGUACCGCUGCGGGCAUGCCGUGCAGAUUUGGAACCAUAG